ACGUUUGUCAUGACAUGCAAAUUUGACAAAAAAUGUGUGAAAAUAACAAUUUGGUAUGCUGCUAAACAUGAUGUACACGUAUGUGUACAUAGGGACUUAGGUUGGUCAAAAAUGCUAAUAUGUUAGCAAAAAUGUGCACGAGUAAAAUAGCUUAUAGCUAACUCUGGUGCAGCUAAAAAGCUGUACAUUGUCCCAAUGAAAUAAAUAACAAUUAAAUAACUAAAUACAUACAUAAAUACAUAAAUUAGUUGGGUUAAAAAUGUUAAUAUGCUAGUAAAAAUGUGCCUUGCUAUAGCUAAUAGCUAGAGUUGUUUAUAGCUAUCUCUGGUGCAGUUGAAAAGCUGUCCCAGUGAAAUAAAUAACAAAGAAAUACAUACAUAUAUAAAUGACAUUGGUUUGUAUUUGAUUUUUUCAUGUUUUUAUUUCCAGAGCGUUUUUCUGUGCAAACAGCAUUGGAGCAAUUUUGGCUAAAUGAUGGAGACAACUCAGAUUUGGAAGACUUGUCUGACAACGAUGAUCCCAUCCUGGAUGCCAAUUACCAACCCCGAACACAGGAGCGAAGCAGCAGUGAGGAUGAGGAUGACAGUAGUGAUGAUGAGGACCCCAUUCCUCAGCCCACUGAGCACAGCAGAGGACGUAAACGUCUCCGUGGUGCAAAUAAUGGAGCCUGUCCAUGCAGACAAUAUCUGCCAAUGAAGCCAAACCCAGUUGGCAUCAAGAACUUCGUUUGUGCUACAGCAGAUGGCAUUGUGCUGGACUUUGAUCUGUAUCAAGGUACAGGUGCACUGCUUGAGCAGGUCGAAGAAGAGGUGGGCCUGGGGUUGGGAGGCUUAGUCUUGGCUCGUCUGUGUCAAACUCUGCAUCGUGGCACAAAAGUGUAUUGUGACCGGUUCUUCACAAGCAUCCGAGGUGUGGAACAAAUGAUGAAGAAGGAGAUGUACAUUACUGGUACAAUAAUGAAGAACAGACUCGCUGGCGCGAAGGAGAAGCUACCCUCUGACAAAACCAUGAAAAACACAGCAAGAGGUACCUCAUCAGAACUUUCCACUGAAGACGGAAAGUUGUGUGUAGUGAAGUGGUAUGACAACAAACCAGUAUUGAUGAUGUCUGUUGUUCAUGGCACAGAGCCUGAAGACACCUGCCAGCGCUGGGACAAGAAAUUGAAACAGUAUGUGACUGUCUCGCGACCAAGCAUUGUCCGUGAGUACAACCUCAAGAUGGGUGGAGUGGAUUUGAUCGAUAGAAUGAUUAGCUACUAUCGCAUGAGCGCCCGUACUAAGAAGUGGACGAUGCGGAUGCUAAUGCACUUCACAGAUCUGGCUUUAGGUAACAGCUGGCUACUCUACCGCAAAGACCUCGCAAUAUGUGCUGCACCAAAGAAGAGCAUCAUGCAGUUCCUUGAGUUCCGUACAGAAAUUGCUACGACCCUCUUGGCCCAGCAUCACGGUCAAGGAAGCCAUGCAGACCUCUCUGAACAGUCAGAGGAAGAAGACAACUCAAAUCAAGGGAACAAACGUCCUGUGACGGCAGUGCCCCAUGUCUCGGUCCGCAGGAGGGCGAAUGCCCAUCUCCCAGAGAUGAUCAGCCUGAAGAACGCGGCGCGCUGCAGGGUAGCAGGCUGCACUGGAAGAACCCGAGUGCGUUGUGUGACCUGCAAAGUGUUCUUGUGCUUGCAAGGCGAUCGCAACUGUUACACAGCCUUUCACACAUAGACACACAUACACUGCAGCACAACACACACACACACACACACACACACACACACUGCUGCAAUGCAAAAUUUCACAUAACACAUACUGUAACUGUGACUCUCCAAAGGGGGCAAAAAUGUUUUGUUUUUCUUCAUUUUGUUGUGUUUUUUCACAAUGAUGUUCAAAACACAAACAAUAGUUGAAAGUUGAAAAAACUGCUGUGUUCAAGGUUGAAAUAAAAUAGUUUUUCACUCUAUUACAAAAAGGUGACUUUAAUGUGUUUUAUGGAAAUUCAGACCGAGUGUCCACAUAUGUGGACAUCAUUUUUCUCUAAAAGUACAUCAUGUCAAAAGAUGAUACUUAGUUUUUAUACUUAUCAGGUUCCAAUAAGCCCAAAUAGCAAAGAGAAAUAAAAAAUGCAUAUAAAAAAACA